AUGAGCAGGGUGCAAAUGCUUCUGAGAACCACUAGGGGUAUUUACAAUUGUGGGGUGAUGGGCCGGAGGGGCCCAGUGGAAGAGGUCUUAUCGUGUAGGAGGUACCUGGGGUCGCUUUUAAAUGUUCCUCAUGUUGGAGGGGCCGUGGAGGUAAAUGUCGCAGGAAGAAACGGCAUUUGUGGUGGUAACCGCAAAGGGGCGAGAAGGCUGCUGCACGUUUUGAAAAAAUACAUGAGGAUCUGUUGUCGAGAGGGGGGUCUGAAAAAGGGGGAGUUGCCCAAACUGCAUGAGGCAGCACAGCGUUUGUUGCAGGUAAAUGGGAGGAGCGGGGCUGUGUUCCCUCACGAGGGGAAGACCCACGAGGAGCAUUUCACAAGAGAAGAGACUACUCUCCCAGCGCACUUUGACAAAGGGAAUUUGCCCAGUGGCGAUUGGCGAAAGAGGAGCAGCUUGCACAACUCGUUCCUCGCCGCCCACCAUGCAUUUUUUAACCCGAAAAAAUAUGAACAGUUAGCAGUCGGUUUGCAGCAGAACAGAAGGAAGUUCCACCAGCUGGUUCAAAUGUACCUUUCCAAGGCACCUAAAGGAUUUGAAAAUUUUGAAAAGACAAAUAAAAAAAAAGAGGAAGGUUCUUCUUCUUCUUCAUCUUCUCCCUCAUCGUCCAAUUCGUUAAAACCUGAUGAAGAGAAGAAUAACAAAAGGUUUGACAAUUUUUUUUUUUUUUUUUCUUCAUUCACACAAAACGAUUUUUUUAUGAAUUACCUGUCCAAGGGGUACGUAGAUAAAAUAAAGCUCAUUAAUAAAGAUUAUGUGAAGGCAUACCUGAACGUUCAUGGCAUGACCAAGUAUCAUCAGAAGUACGUGAGCUUUCGUAUAGGAAAUAGUGAUGCCUUUGAGCGCAAGGUCGAGCAUAUUCAAAGACAAAUGAAUAUACAGAAUGAUCAAAUAAUUGAAGUUCAGUAUACAAAUGAAACAAAUGUAUUGAAUGAAGUGAAGAGUUAUGUCCCCACAAUACUUUUCUUCUUAUUAUUUGCCUUCAUUUUUCAAAAAAUAACUUUAAAAAAUGUAGCAGGCAGUGGUAUGGACAAAUUAUUCAAAAUGAAUAAAAUGAAUCCUAUAAGUAAACACCAGUUGAAGACGGAUGUGAAAUUCUCAAGUGUCGCUGGGAUGAAACAAGCCAAGGAAGAGAUUAUGGAAUUUGUCGACUUUUUAAAAGCCCCUUCAAAGUAUGAAGCAUUAGGGGCUAAAAUGCCUAAAGGGGCUUUGCUGUGUGGUGCCCCUGGAACAGGAAAAACAUUAUUAGCUAAAGCUGUAGCAGGGGAAGCCAAUGUACCUUUUUUUAACAUAAGUGGAAGUGAUUUUAUUGAAGUGUUUGUUGGUAUUGGACCUUCCAGAGUGAGAGAAUUAUUUGCUCAAGCAAGAAAACAUGCACCGUGCAUAAUUUUUAUUGACGAAAUUGAUGCAGUGGGUAGGAAGAGGUCGAAAGGUGGCUUCGCAGGUGGAGGAAAUGAUGAAAGAGAAAAUACAUUGAAUCAAAUGUUAGUGGAGAUGGAUGGGUUUCAUACUGCCAAUGACAAAGUAGUAGUUUUGGCAGGCACUAACCGAGUGGAUAUUCUGGACCCAGCCAUUACCAGACCAGGAAGAUUCGAUCGAAUUGUUCAUAUAAGCAAACCUGAUAUUAAUGAACGAUCUGAAAUUUUUCAAGUACAUUUAAAAAAUUUAAAAUUAGAUCACACAUUGGAUAUACAGAACAUUAGCUACCUUUUAGCUUCUCUAACUCCAGGCUUCGUCGGUGCAGACAUUGCUAAUGUGGUGAAUGAGGGAGCCAUUCAAUGUGCUAGGAGAUCUAACAUGGUCGGUGUUCAGGUGAAAGAUUUCGAAUCAGCCAUAGAGAGAGUUAUUGGGGGAUUACCAAAAUCGUCAUCCCUCAUCUCCCCAUUAGAAAAAAAAAUUAUUUCUUAUCACGAAACAGGACAUGCACUUAUCGGGUGGCUACUAGAAUAUGCAGACCCUGUUUUAAAAGUUUCAAUUUUACCUAGAAGUAAUGGAGCCCUGGGUUACUCACAACAUCUGUCGGAAGAAAUUAUGCUUUUCUCUAAAGAUGCUAUAUUGGACAAGGUGGCUGUUAUUUUAGGUGGGAGGGCAGCUGAAGAAUUAUUUAUUGGGCGCAUUACAACCGGAGCAAUUGACGAUUUAAAUAAAGUCACUCAAUUAUCCUAUUCAUACGUCUCUCAAUAUGGAAUGAAUAAAGAAAUAGGUCUUGUUUCAUUUCAACCCAAUUCCUCUAGCGAGUAUAGCUUUUACAGACCGCACUCGGAGUGCCUAGCGCACCUAAUAGAUAAUGAAGUGCGCAGUCUCAUUGAGACUCAGUACAAUCGAGUCAAGUCCAUUUUGCUUAAACAUGAAAAGCAUGUUCACAAAUUAGCAGACCUGCUUUUCCACAAGGAGACCAUCUCCUACCACGACAUUGUGCAGUGUAUUGGAGAGCGCCCCUACCCGGUCAAGUCCACCUACGAGAAGUUUGUCAAGGCUAACCCGUACAAGUUGGUCGCGUCAGGUCAGGGCGAAGUGGUCAAAGGUGAAAUGGGCAAAGGUGAAAUGGGCAAAGGUGAAAUGGGCAAAGGUGAAAUGGGCAAAGGUGAAACGGGCAAAGGUGAAACGGGCAAAGGCGAAAUGGGCAAAGGCGAAAUGGGCAAAGGUGAAAUGGGCAAAGAUGAUGCUAGCGGCGAGGCGGAGACAUCCACGGACGGCACGGCCCAGAUGGGAAAAACAAACGAAGCCUUCGCGGAGCAGCACGUCACAGAGAAAAAGGGGCCCACCGAGGAGGGCGCUGGGGAAAAUUCCGAUGACGGAAAUAAGAACAACAAGGUUUCUCACGUGGGCACCCCCCGCUGA